AACAACUAUAGGUGCGACGAACCGACAGCCGGCACCGCGCCCGCCACCCCCGAUUUAUCGGUCCCGCAUACUACCGCUGUACUUCAAUACAGACAGACAGUCGCAUUUCGCCCGUCGAGCGCUGUGUACGUGAUUUUUCUACGUAACCAAAUAAAUAGAUCUCAAUACAAUGGCCUGCUCAGUCGAUGCCCCUUCCCUCAAGGACCUCCCAAAGGUCGCCACCGACCUCAAAAGCCAGCUAGAGGCUUUCAACCCGAGCUGCCUUCGUGACGUCGACACUAAUGAGAAAAUAGUUCUGCCAUCAGCAGAAGAUGUUGCCACCGAGAAAACUCAAAAGUCCCUGUUUGACGGAAUUGAAAAGUUCGACGCAACCAGACUGAAGCACACUGAAACACAGGAGAAGAACCCGCUCCCUGACAAAGAUGUUGUAGCAGCUGAGAAGGCACACCAGAAUCUACUGGAUGGAGUUGAACAUUACGACAAAUCCCAAAUGAAACACACGACGACUGAAGAGAAGAACCCCCUGCCACCAAUAGAAGCUAUCGAAGCGGAGAAAGAGAAGAACAAGUUCUUAAACGGCAUCGAAAACUUCGACCCAACCAAGCUGAAGCACACUGAGACAUGCGAAAAGAACCCCCUCCCCACUAAGGACAUCAUCGAACAGGAGAAGACGGCUUGAGCUGUCUCCCCCCCACUAUUUAUCGCAACUAUAUCUCGCUAGUAACGCCGUAUUUUAGUAACUAUAAGUUUUAUCAUUAAACGGAAACCGGUCUGUGUUGCCAGCCAUGAAAAUUCUCACCCACAUUGUUGGUAAUUUAGCACAACUCGGGUACCACUGACUCGCAGACUGAACUUCCAUUAGACUAUAGGAACCAAAAUUUUCUAUGUCACUUUUAACGGUAUUGGAUAAGUGUAUUUUAUGAGCAUUUUAUUUAAUUUAAUCGAAAUAUAAUUAAGUAUCUGUACUGAUUUUUAUUUAAGUGAAAACACUGCACUCCUUUGUUUUAUUUACAAUAAUUGCUUACGUUUAUUGUAUAUUUGUGUUCACGUGAAUUAAUUUACAAAUGAGAUUAUCCGAUAAUAAUGAUAUUAUUAAAAAUAUAAUCAUUUAGGAGUGUGGUUACCAAGACUGUUUGGGAUCAUUAUAUUAAUUUGGUUUAAUGCGCAUUGAUAAUUUUUAAUGUAUAUAAUAAAUAUGUACAAUGAAAAUACAAUGCGUCGUAUAACUGGUUUGAGUUAAUUUAGUUUGAUUCAAGUAGUGAUAAUUAUAUUAAUGCUCAACGUGCAAAUGUAAUUUUCGAAACAUAUUUUACUUUCUUGUGAUGAACAAUAAAAUUUUAUACUAUUAUAUUGCAAUAACCAUUUUUCAAUUUUAUAAUAUAACGCUAACGAUGCCAAUAAAACAGUCUAUCGAAAUUUUGUAUGUUUUACAGACGGUGCUUUUUAUAAAUAUAGAAUUAAAAAA